AUGCUCAUUGUUCUAUUUUCCAUCACCUUCUUUGAGGACAGGAACUUCCAGGGUCGCUCCUAUGAAUGUAUGAGUGACUGCUCCGACAUGUCCUCCUACCUGAGCAGGUGCCAGUCCUGCCGCGUAGAGAACGGCUGCUUCAUGGUCUAUGAGCGCCCCAACUUCAUGGGUAAUCAGUACUUCAUGAAGAGGGGUGAAUACGCCGACUCAAUGAGCAUGAUGGGCAUGAGGGACUGCAUCAGGUCUUGCCGUGCUAUCCCCAUGCACAGAGGCCAGUUCAGAAUGAAGAUCUUCGAGAAGGAGAACUUCAGCGGCCAAUCCAACGAGCUGCAGGAGGACUGCGACAAUAUCAUCGACCACUUCCGCAUGAACGACUGCAUGUCUUGCCAGGUGAUGGAGGGCCACUGGCUGAUGUUUGAGCACCCCCAGUUCAAUGGCAAGAUGAUGUACGUGAGGCCUGGCGAGUACCGCAGCUUCAGGGAGUUGGGCCUAAGCAGCAUGAGGGUCAUGAGCAUGAGGCGCAUCACGGACAUGUAA